CAACUGGAAAGUCCAGCCGGGGGAGUGUACAAGUGCUCAACUGUCUUGGGUCUUCCCUCUGCACGCGAUGACCAUCUCUACUCCAAACAUCACGACCGUCCGAGCUUGACGACAUUCAGUUGAAUUCAAUCCAAUGUCCAUGAUCAUUGGCAUCCGCGACGCCGGGUCGACCGGUGCAGUGGCGGCAGCCGACAUCAACGGCGGAAUCUACUCUCCGGCUAAGGAGAAAGCCGCCGCCAGAGGCGUCUACACCGGCCGCUCCCAGCUCAUUCGGCGGCUCCGAAGCCUGGUCUGCGCGGCUAAGCUCAAGCUCGUUGUGUGCCUUGUCAUCUUCUCCGUCGUCGUUUUGGUCACCUCCAGGCUUAGUUCUGUGAUGGGUUGGGUCCCUCCCCACCCUAACCCCACCACCAGUUCUAGAGGAGGUGGAUAUACGGUGCUUAUGAACACAUGGAAGCGAAGCGAAGCUUUGAAGCAAUCAAUUGGGCACUAUGCGUCGUGUGGUGGCGUUGAAGCAAUUCAUGUGGUGUGGAUGGACAGCGAACCACCCUCAGAAUCUAUGAAAUCCCAUCUCGAAAAGAUGGCAUUUUCAAAGUCACAAGCAGCGAAAAAACCCAACUUUAAGUUUAACAUGAGCCAAGACGACGAUUUGAACAAUCGGUUUAAGCCAAUUCAGGACCUUAGAUCAGACGCCAUAUUCUCUGUUGAUGAUGAUGUAAUAGUCCCCUGUUCCACUUUGGAUUUUGCUUUCACGGUCUGGCAAUCUGCACCCAACACUAUGGUUGGGUUUGUUCCUCGCAUGCAUUGGCUUGAUAAGGAGAAGAGUGGCGUAGAGAAAUAUACGUAUGGGGGGUGGUGGUCGGUUUGGUGGAUGGGCACAUAUAGUCUGCUUCUUCCCAAAGCUGCAUUCUUUCAUAGGAACUACUUGAAUUUGUAUACCAACAAUAUGCCCUCAUCUAUCCGUGAUUAUGUCACCAGGGAGAGAAACUGUGAAGAUAUUGCUAUGUCAUUGCUUGUCGCUAAUGCCACCGGUGCUCCUCCAAUUUGGGUGAAAGGGAAGACAUAUGAGAUUGGAUCAUCUGGAAUGAGCAGCAUGAAAAGGCACAGCAAGAGGAGGAACAAGUGCCUCAACGAUUUCAUCUCCCUAUUCGGAAGAAUGCCGCUUGUAUCAACCAACGUUAAGGCUGUAGACACGAGGCUUGAAUGGUUCUGGUAACUUGAGUUGUAUGUAUAAUUUGCUUUCCCCACCUGUAGUUUAGUGUCUGUAUAGACUGUUGGGACAUGGUACCUACAAGGACGUAAUCUCUAACUCUGAUAUGGACAUGACAUUGCUCCACAACCAGAAUCCACAAUCCAGAAUGUUUGUUUGAUGAGCCA